AUGUUCGCGGGCAAGGAAAACGUCAAGGAAAAAGGGAAAAGUCCGGAAACCAUGACUACCCUCCCGGCAAUGGUCGCUCUGCCUACGAUCGCUCCGCCUACGGUUGCGCCUACGAUCACGCCUACGAUCACGCCUACGAUCGCUCCGCCUACGGUUGCGCCUAUGGUCGCUCCGCCCAUGCUUAUCGAUCGGAAUCCACUCAUUCGCAAUGAAGCAUGCCCUAAGUUAAUAUACAACGGCGAUGAGUUUGAAGUAAUACCCGUACCCAGGCAAAUUCAGGUCGUUCGGACCGGGCCGAAUUCGUCUGGGAUAGCUGGCCUAAAUCUCGGUGGAAUGCUUUUAGGCACCUCGUAUAUCGUACAUAGACUAGUCAUGGGUGAAACAGACGAUAUGCGCCUAAACUGCACAUGCGUUGCCGCUUGA